UAUUUUGAUGUAAUUUUGAUUUUCCUUCCCGCCGGCUCUUGACGGUUGCUUUUGGCACGUGCAUUUUUUCCUCUUAGUAUUCCUGAAAUAUCAUAAGUUAUUUCUGUUUAAAGUUUAAUACUGAUGCUGACUGUUGGAAUUAAUCUAUUCGAUUGUUAGCAGUGUUAAACAAUGUCACCUUCACCGAUCCGAUGCCGUGGGCCGUGGAAAAUACAUAAACGCUUAUCCGAGCCAGAUCGUUGGCUGGAUGAGAUGGGUUUUUUUCGAAAACAUACGGCUCGAGAUUCGACCUGUCUCUUUAGAGCUGUUUCGGAAAAUAUAUAUAAUACGCAGCGCUAUUUUCACAAAGUUCGUCUCGACUGCGUUCAAUUCAUGGCUUCAAAGCGACAUCUUUUCGAAGGGUCGUUAAGUUGUCCAUUCGAAAACUAUCUUAAAGAGAUGUCUAAUCCGUCAGAAUUCGGUGGGCUGAUUGAAAUAUCGGCUAUGAGCCACUGUUAUAGACGGGACUUUGUGAUUUUCGAAGCUAACAAGGGCCCACAAACUAAAAUUUGUAAUGGUUAUGGAGACACUAUUUACCUGUUUUACUCGCCCGAUACUAAGCACUUUGAUGCUGUGUAUACCAAAGAAUUCAUAAAUGCUUCAUCAUUUUGUCAGUCAUUGGUAUAUGAAAUACUUUACGACGGUGUUUACCAACUGAAGGACUUGCCUUACGCUGUCGAUAAAAUGUUACACGAUAAGAUGCCGACAAACCACAUUGAGUACUUCAUGUCUGAAAAUGUCGAACGUCGCAAGAAACAGAAGGAACGAGCUAAGAUUUUCAUCGAAGCUCCCAGUGAAGAUGACAAGGAUCGGAAUAAUAAUGCUGUAGCAUUGAAAUGCAAACAUCACACUGAAGACAUGGAAAGAGCCAGUCUUUUGAAGGAGUCGUUGAGCAUUUUUGUUUUCAACCGCAGUCUCAUACAACUGGAGAAUGUCUGCAUGAAUUGUCUGAAUGUCAACAGUGCUAAGGAUUUACUUGAGAACAGCAUAACUCCAUUUCCAUACAAAGUAGCGAAGGCCCUAGAUCCCGAUAUUUACCGUAAUAUCGAAUUUGAUGUCUGGAGUGAGCUUCGAAGAGAGCUGCGUUACGGUGCAAGGUACUGUGAUGGAACGACACUGCAAGUCGGUGUUAAAUGUCUUUGUAAACUACAGCCCGAUCAGACCAUAGCUUAUCACUGUCACAUCCAGGAGAUGCGUCCGGACGGUGGGCCCUGUCUGGUCUUUAUUGAGGAAUUGGGAGAGAAACGUCUCGUAAAUUAUGAUCAGUUAGAACCAUUGCCGGUUGAUGAGAUCAAACCCUGGGCACCUCCCUAUAGAUACUCACGUGCCAAUUCACAAAUGGUUAAUAUAAGCCAAAUGUUGCAGCAAAUAGGCAACAUAUCCCGCAAACAAGGGUUAACCAAGACACGAAACAAAACAAAAGUAGAUGAUCAGAAGAAUGAGAGUGUACCCAAGGCCUCACAGCUGGAGGACAAAUGUCAACUGUACCCGCAACAGACCUACACUUAUCCACAUCUGGACUACUUAAACUUUCAACCAAUGCCUGUUGAAGUGAAAGCCUUGCCCCUGAUGGUGGACUGUCGGCCGGCGGGCGCUCCGCCCCACGAGCUCGCGCACGCCACCGACGCGCUGCACACACAGCAGGCCGCCGGCGGAGACAUGGCGCCGGCCGCGCGCGCGCCCACGCCCGCCGCCAGCGCGGCGCCCUUCGCGCACACCUACGCCAACAACGGCGUGGCGGGCUACUGCGCACCGUACUGCGGCGUGAAGUCGCUGGUGUGGUGCGGGCCGCACCCGCCGCCGCCGCCGCCGCCCGUCAACCCGCACGUGUACAAGAGCGUGCAGCCCAGCGGCGCCGACCUGCCCAUGAACGACAUCGCGACAUUACGGUUCUACUUUAACCUGGGCGUGGAGUGCAUGUGGGCGGCCUACGGGCCUCCGCCCCCCGCGCCGCCGCCCCGGCACUACUCGCCGAGGGAUCUCGCCCAGGACAUGCAGCAGGUGUCGCUGCAGGAGCGCGAGGGCCCCAAGCACAAGCCGGACAAGCCGCCGCUGGCGCCCCCCAAGCCGCCGCAGCGACCGCUGCUCGGGCCCCGAUUUAAACGUGGCGGCAACAACCAGGACGGCAACCAGAACAACGGCCACAACCAGAACAAGGGCCACAACAACAACAUGCCCAAUAAGGGACCUAACAACCGGCGCAGCUCGGCGGCGGAGGCGCGCUACGCGGACGAGUGCGCGGAGGCGCCGCUCGUGUCGUUCCCCUACAUCCCCUACCCGCCGCCGCUCUACCCCGUGCCCUACUACCCCGUCGACUCCGACCCCGCGAUGAUGGGAAUGAUGGGCGGCAUGGGCUACGUGGGCUACGACGAGGGGGUGGAGUACGCGCCCGUGCAGCACUUCUACCCGCCGCCCUACCCGCACCCCCACCCGCACCCGCACCACCACCCCGAGCACAAGUAGACGUGCCGCUACCACCACCACCACCCACGGCUACCGGAAAUUUAAUGCUCUCUAAUAGUAAAACUCAUAAUCAGUAAAAAUUAUAGUUACUGAAUAUAUAUAUAUGUAUCAAGAUUCGGACAUUAAACCAUAAAAUAUAACUUAGGUAGUAUUGAAACAGUCACUUUUUAAAUAUAUUUAACAUAUUACAAAUGGUCUAUAAAAUACACGGUGGUAUCAAGUUUAAACAAUAUGAAUAUCACAGUGGAAAUACCAUUUUAGUUGAUUUUUACAAAUAUGAAGCUGAUGUCAAAAUAAAAAAAAAACCUUUAAAGUUUCCUCAAACUUAUGUAUAUCUGUACCUAAAAGAAGAUACAAACCUUAACUCCAAUACGUUAUAUUCUAAAUCAUUUUUUUUUAAAUUAUCAUUAUGUUUUUAA